AUGCCGCCAACGAAAAGGGAUUCGGUCUGGCUUAAGGCGAAGGAUCUUUACAUGAUUUCAUUUGAGGUAAACAGCAAGUCUUUAUUAUUCAAACCCUCAAAUAAAUCGCUCAACGAUGUGACAAAUAUCGUCCAGGGGUGCAUUGUCACGGCCUAUUUGGUGGGCCCUGGACGAACCUUGGCCAGAGGAGGUCUGACGAUGACUCUAGCUACAUCCAUCGCUAUCUGUUCCGUUGUUUGGACCUUGUUUUUCAUGCUGCUGCUCAAAAUCGCAGCAUAUAUCCUUUCUCGUGGGGCGUCUCCGGAAUUCUACUUGACAGAUUUUCUCCCGAAAUCGGUUGGUUUUGUAUUGCUUUGGAAUUACUGCGACAAAACAAGGAACCAUCGAAGGACGCUACCCGUGGCCGCCAAAACAUUCAUAGUUCAUCUCAUCCUGUUCUCUUUACUUCGUAUCCUAGCGGUUACUUUACCCUACCCGUCCAACAUACCCGAACUCACAUCUGGCGGCUCUGGCGGCGCUGGCGCCGGAGCUUCUCCUUUUGUUGUUGGAAUCAAGCAUGCAGGCAUCCAGGUGCUUGACCACAUCGUGGAUACUGUUAUCUUCCGCCUAUUCCUCUUGGAUUUUGUGCCUGCUUUCGUAUCGUCGGUUCCACACGUCACUGAAAGUGAAGGCUCAACAGCAACCACUUGGGAUUAUUGCGUUACCUUAAACUAUCAGAAGUUGCUCGCGCAAUACUACUCCCGCCGCCAAUUAUUGUGCCCCUCCUCCAGUUCAAGAGCCCCGCGUCGUAAUGUCUACAUUCGAGGAAUAUUUCAGAGUGAAGACACUCCCAUUUAG